CCGGCUGCCUGACGGAAGUACGUCAGUUGUUAUCCGCUCGGGGCGCCGCUGCCACCGCCGCCUCACGAGCCCCGGCGCCUCAGCCCCGGUCAGCGCCCCGCCCGCCUGCCCGCCUGUCGGGCCUCAGCCCAGCCUUCGCCCGCCGCCAGUCGCGCAUGGGGCGUGCCCUCGGGGCCGCGGCCGAGGGCCGCUGAGCGCCGGCCGCCCCGCCGAUGCGCGCGGCCUCCCGCGCCGGGGCGCCCAGGCCGCGCAGGGCCCGGGGCUGAGGCUACCCGCGCGGCAUGUCCGGCCCGACCCGCCGCCCGCCGCCGCCCAGGGCCCGAGUCCGCGCGGACCGCAACAAGCCCGGCGGGGCCGAGUAGCGCAGCGGCAGCGGAGCGGGAACCCGACGGCGCGGCCGCAAGGUCACCGCGCGCCAUGGAGGCCAAGGUCCGCCAGAGCCGGCGCUCGCGCGCGCAGCGGGACCGUGGCCGGCGCCGGGAGGCGGCCCGCGACGCCCGCGACCAGAGCGCGUCGUCGGGGGAUGAGCCUGAGCCCGGGCCCGGCAAGGAGAACACGGGCCUGCCCCGCGCGCCCCCGCCCCGCGCCGCCGCCGCGCGCCCCCCGCGCCGCCGCCGCCGCGAGUCCAGCUCGCAGGAGGAAGAGGUCAUCGACGGCUUCGCCAUCGCCAGCUUCAGCACGCUGGAGGCCUUGGAGAAGGACAUGGCCCUGAAGCCACACGAGCGGAAGGAGAAAUGGGAACGCCGCCUUGUCAAGAAGCCCCGGGAGGCAGAGAACUGCCCAUCUGCAGAGCCAAGUGAGAACGGGCGGCCCCUGGAGGCAGGCAGCUCUGAGCAGGACCUGGAGACCCCCUGUGACCGAGGGAAGAAGAAGGUCCCUCUGCAGCCCACCAAGCAGAUGAAGGUUGCAGUGUCCAGAGGGGGCGACCACAACAGUGACGGCGACAGCUUCCGAGAAGCCACCAGCUCCCGGAGGAGCAGUUCUCGGGACCAACUCAGUGAUAGCUCGGCGCAGGCAGUCUCAGGCAGAGGUUACUCCUGCGACAGCGAGAGCGACGGGGAUGACAAGGCAUCUGUGGGCUCCGAGAAACUCUUUGCCCCAGCAGCCGAUAAAGGCCCCACGCUGGGCGAGAAGUCCGAGGCCAAGACCGGGGCAGCGCCCAAGGUCUCGGGUCUGGAGCGCAGCCGUGAGCUGAGCACCGAGCCGCCCUUCCUGGCCCCCGUGCGCAGCCCCGCGCCAGUCCUGCCCUCCGCCAGCACCGCGGCCAGCCCGCUGGUCAAGAAGGAAGCCCCGGCGCUGCCCCGCCUCGCCCCGCAGCUGCCACCUGCACCCUCGCAGCCCCGGGCCCCGCUCCUGACGCACGUGCCUCUCCCUCCGGGGGCCUUCCCAGGCCCCGGCCCGGCCGCGCACAACGGCCUGCACAGCCUCAGCAGGAGCAGCAGCGCCAGCAGCGGUGCCAGCCUGGGGCUCGCCAAGCACGCGUCCCUGUCGCCUCACGGGCCGGGCCCCCACCUCUCUACCUCACACUUGGCGCUCCGCUCGCAGGCCCAGCACCAGCACCACGCGGCGGCCAUGUUCGCCGCGCCCCCGACACUGCCCCCGCCCCCGGCGCUGCCGGCCAACAGCCUGGUCAUCCCAGGACACCCCGCCGAUGCCAGCCUGUUGAUCUCAUUCAGCCAGCCAAUCAUGUAUUGCCAGCCUCAUUCGGGGAUUCUGAUUGAUCACGAGCUGCUCAGGCAAGAGCUGAACGCGCGUUUUCUGGUCCAGAGCGCCCCCCUGGGCCCGGGAGCUCUGCUGCGGGCGGAGUUCCACCAGCACCAACACACACACCAGCACACACACCAGCACCAACACACAUUCGCCCCCUUCCCUGCCGGGCCGCCCCCGACGCCGCUCCUGCCACCCGCCGCACCCCCGCCGUUUGACAAGUACACGCCCAAGCUGGACAGCCCCUACUUCCGACAUUCCAACUUUUUCCCGCCCUUCCCUCCGGCCGUCCCAGGACUGCCCGCCCUGCUCCCACACCCAGGCCCCUUUGGAUCCCUGCAGGGUGCUUUUCAGCCCAAGACUUCAAACCCACUCGAGUUAACAGGCCGGGCCAGUGCGGUUCACACCCUCCUGCAGAAAGCCCCCGGGCAGGUGUCCGACCCGUACCGGACAGCAAUCAGGAAGCCGGGGAAGUGGUGCGCUGUGCACGUGCAGAUCGCCUGGCAGAUCUACCACCAUCAGCAGAAGAUAAAGAUGCAGCUGGAGCCCCACAAGCUGGACGUGGGCACCAAGCUGGACUUGUUCAGCAGACCCCCCGCCCCGGGCGUGUUCGCCGGACUCCACUGCCCGCAGGACCUGGCCCGGCCCCUCUUCUCCAGCUCGGGUGCCACCCAUCCCGCCGCCAACCCGUUCGGACCCUCAGCGCAUCCUGGCAGCUUCCUGCCCACUGGUCACUUGACAGACCCUUUCAGCAGAUCAAGCACCUUUGGGGGCCUGGGGAGCCUGGGCAGCAACGCCUUCGGAGGCCUCGGCAGCCACACGCUGACUCCCAGCGGCGGUGGCAUCUUUGCCCCCAAGGAGGGCCCCACGCUGCAUGGCCUGCCCAGCCCCCACGAGGCCUGGAACCGGCUGCACCGAGCGCCACCCUCCUUCCCCACGCCACCCCCGUGGCCCAAGCCUGUAGACGCCGAGCGGGUCUCAGCCCUGACCAACCACGACCGAGAGCUGGACAAGGGCAAGGAGGAGCGGGACCGGGACCUCCUGGAAAAGACACGCCUGCUGAGCCGGGCCUCUCCGGCGGCGCCCGUGGGCCACCCAGGCAGUGGCCUCCUGCUCCGGGGCCAGGGCGAUCCGGGCCGGCCCGGGAUUCCCACCGAACGCGAGGCUGAGCUCCGCAUCAAGGAGAGCCGCUCCCCGGCCAGGGAGGACGGCCCCAAGCCCAGCAAGAUGGCCCUGGGGGAAGGCCUGCGCCUGGCCGGUCUCCUGGGCCGUGAGCCCGGGAAGCCGCACGAGGCGUCGGCCGAGCGGUCCCAGAGCGAAGUGAAGGUCAAGGAGGAGCGCGGGGAGGACGGCGACGCGCCCCCACAGCCCGGCCCGGGCCCCGUGGGCCGCGAGCGCCCAACCUUUGCAUGGGAGCCGCCGCGCGACGCCUACCGCGGCCCGGAGCUGCCCCGCCGCGCCCCGCCAGGCCCGGGCCCUGCCGCCCUCCUCGAGCCGCCCGAGCGCCCCUACCGGGACCGCGAACCGCACGACUACAGUCCGGAGCGCCUGCGGGAGGCGCGCCGCGACGAGCUGGAGCGCGCCCGGGCCGCGCACCUGGACGGCGCGGCGCUGCUGCCGGCGCUGGGCGCCCUGCACUACCCGCGCCUCGCGCCCGCCGCCGCCGCCGCGCUGCACAACAGUCUCCUGACGCGGACCCCGCCCGCCGCCUCCGCCGCCGCGCUCGGCGCGCCGCCUCCGCUGGUGGCCGCAGGCGGGCCCCCCACGCCCCCCGGGCAGCCGCGGAGCAGGACUACGCCGCUGGGGGCCCGCGUGCCGGGCGAGGCCCGCGACUACUCCCCUUCCCGCAACCCCCAGGAGGUGGAGGCGCGGUAGUGGCCGCGGGGCCGCUCCCUCCAGGAACGCACUGCUGUCCACUUUUCUAAACCUCCGUUUCUAGAACUUAAGCACAGUUCCAUCGGCCCUGGGGUGGCGACGCUCACUUUUCCACUCGCAGCGUUGGGGGUGUCACACACAGCUUUUCUGGGGGUGAUCUUUUGUUUUCCGAGCUUGAGAUUAGGCUACUGGAAAAAAAAAAAAAAUUCAAGUUUGUACCUUUUUCCCACAGGUGAGAAGCAUUUUUAAUAGAUUUGUAUUUUUUUCAACUUUGUGCUCUUUAGACACUUAAGAGAAACGAAAGACACUUUUGCUUUUUUACUUUUAGUUUGGUUUUGCAAUUUAAUGGCCUCAGAUCCGUCUCCAGAACCCCUGGGGUUUUUUUGUCUUAUUUAUGGAGAAAAAAAAAAAAACGGUCAUUUUGUCCAAUGCACUGUGAGGCCCCCACUCAGGCCCGGCCCUGGCCCUCCCUUGGUACUUGGAACCGAAGUUACAGAUAUAUAUUAAGAUAAUAAUGUACAAAGCUUUUUUUGCCUUAUUAUGCAGAAGUGUAAAAGGGUUUCUUUUUCGGUUUGUUUUUUUAAAAAGAAAAAUGAAACUGUAAAUAGUCUGUUAAUAUAAAUAUAUGAUGUUAUUAAAUUCUUAACCUAGGUAGACUUUAUAAAAACAGUUUCUAGAAAUUUCUCUGGUUAUUUGUUUAAGGUGGUCACAACAACCCACCCGCUGUCAGUUGGAACUGCCCUCAGACGUUUAAUGGCAGCAACAUCCUUCAACUAUGCAAGCGCUUGAGCGGCCAGGCCGCUGGGGGACCGCAGAGCGGCCCUGGGAAGUGCGUGCACCUCGGGCUGGCUAUGCGGUGGCCUGGGGAUCCACCCUAGAUGAGUAGGGAUUGGGAGGUAAAGAGGCUCAAGGCUGAUCACAAAAGAAAUAACCUGUGUUUCUUCUCCACGGAGGCCGUCAGAAGACAUUGGUCUCAUGUUCUCCCACCUGCCAAGGCUUUGGCAUGAUUUUCUUUCGGUUUCAGUCUUACUUUCAUAACCCCGUGAAUGUCACCGUGCCCUGUCGUCAGUAUCCCUUCUUUCCUGACGUCCACAUCUGUGUCCUGAGCGUUGGAGCCUCGGUUUGGCCAUCCCUGGCUGUUUGCUUUAUUCCGUUCUGUACUUUCAACCCCGUGUUUUCACGGUAGACCCCAGUUAUUUUAAACAAUCUGUUCUCACAUCAACCAAUGAAGGUAAAUACAGCCUUGAUUUUGGAUGAAAA